AUGCAGUGCUCGCAUCAACAAGGAAAACUAACCACAGUAUCAGGGACCAAGCUUCUCCCAAUUGGUGCCGCCACGGGGAGGAGAUUCUGCGCCGGUAUCACUAUCAGCCUCCAAGGCAACUACUAUAUACAUUGCGAGACGCAUCUGGGGCCGGGCCAAGCCAAGACCAUGCACGCGCUAUGGAAACAUGCCAUGGAGGCGCACAAGGGCGCUAACGUACAUAACUCAGCCCCUCCGAGGAGCUCACCCCCGAAGGAGACUCUCUGGCAAGCGUUGGUGUUUCAAGACGAGCUGAUUACUCGAGGAAAUCACACACCCAAGGGAUCAAAAUCACAGGAUGCUCAGCUGACUGAUGACUCGCUACAGCGCAAGAUCAUGCUGCAGUCGUCGUCUCGUCGUGCGCCGCUUCGCCUGGCGCAAAACGCCACCCCGCCUGGCGCAAAGCUCGACCUCGCUCCAGAUUCCUUGAAUUGCGGGUUGGAUAUCUUCCUGGAAGCAGAACUUCGUCUUUGA